AUGGAAAGAUAUUGUUUAUCAUAUAUUUUAUUUUUAACGUUUCUUGGUGAUAUAACAAUAUUUAUAGACUUUUUCAAAAAUACUGAAACUAUAAAUAUUGAUAAUUCAAUCAAUUAUCAAAAAAUAACAAUAUCUUUAGAAAAACUAUAUAAUAGACCAACAUUCAUUAUCACAAUAAUAAUAAUAAUUUAUUUAUUUUUAGCACUAUUAGCAGUUGUUAAAAUCACCAAUAUUAACCAGGUACCUAUUCGUAAAAUAAGAUAA